CGGUAUCUCUCUCCCUCCCCUCGUGCCCCCCCUCCCGGCCGUCAUAAGAGACGAGUCGAGUCGAGUCCACCCACGCGACGCCAAUCCCUCUCCUCUCCUCUCCUCUCCAUCCUGCGAAAGGUGCAGACGCGAAUACGCACGAGCAAUCAGGGCGGACACAUCCUCUCGCGGCGGCGGCGGCUGCUGCAGCGGCGUCGGAUUUCGAGACGCUCUCCCUUUUAGAUCUUACCCGCGGAAUCAGCAGAUCUAGGGUUACUCCCUACUCCACUGCACUCCCCAUGGCUUCGGCGGCGGCGGCGGCGACUCAAGUGGGCACUUACUUCCUCCGCAACUACUACAAUCUGUUGCAGCAGAACCCCGAUGUCGUCCACCAGUUCUACAGCGAAGCAAGCACCAUGGUCCGCGUCGACGACCUCAACGGGACCAACACCACUGCUAACUCAAUGAUGGAUAUACAUUCACUUAUCAUGUCCCUCAAUUUCACCCAAAUCGAGAUAAAAACUGCCAACUUUGCCAACUCAUGGGGAGAUGGGGUGCUAGUGAUGGUCUCUGGUCUUGUACAGACCAAAGAGUACAGCAACCAAAGGAAAUUUAUCCAGAUGUUUUUCCUUGCGCCUCAGGAGAAAGGUUACUUUGUGCUCAAUGAUUAUUUCCACUUUGUUGACCAAGAACAAGUGCAACCUGCACAGGUGAGAGCUCAGGAAGCCUUUGAGACCAACAUGGCAUCCAACACAGUCCAAACAAGUGCAGAGUACAUUCAUGAAGAAAGUCAAACAAUGCAAGCUGUUCCAGUAACAUCUGAAGAAAAUGAUGCUGUUGACUGUUACACUUACUCUGAGCCACCACAGCAAGUAGUUUCUCAGUCGGACAACUGGGGAGAUGAAUCUCUUCAAGAGGAACCACUUUCUUCCUUCUCGAAUGGAAUGGCGAUGGCAGCAGAGGAGCCAGCACAACCUCCACCUGUGCAGCCUCAUGUUGAGGAACCUGUUGGGGAGCCCGUAAAGAAGACAUAUGCUUCUAUUCUAAGAACUGCAAAAGCCCCACCUCUGUUCCCUAUUGCUCAAUCAGUGCCUGUGAAUAAACCUCACCCUACAACAGAAGCAAACCAGGCAACUCUGGUGACUUCAUCGGUGGCAGCAGAUAAGCCAAAAUCUGACUUCUACGCAGAAGGCCAUGACGAAGAAGAGAGCAAAUCUGUUUAUGUUGGGAAUGUGCCGCAAAAUGUAACUGAGGCUGAUCUUGAGAAUGAGUUCAAGAAGUUUGGCCAGCUCAUCCCUGAUGGUGUUGCUAUCAGAAGCCGAAAGGAGACUGGUGGCUACUAUGCUUUUGUGGAAUUCGAAGAACUGAGUGGCGUUCACAAUGCAUUGAGGGCUUCACCACUUGAAAUAAAUGGGCGGCAGAUAUAUGUUGAGGAGCGGAAGCCUAACAGUGGAAUAAGGGGAGGAAGAAGGGGGGGAGGCAGAGGUCGCUUUGGCGGCAGUGGCAGAGGAUAUGCGAGAGGUGACGAGUACAGCGGUAGCCGUGGAAAGUCGAAUGGUUAUCAGCGUGUCCCUCACCACGAGAGGGGCAUUUUGGGGGCAAGGAACUGAUGCCCCAUGGCGAUAGAAGGAAGCAUAAGAGGUUUUGAUCCGUGAGAAGUGGAGCGGAGUUGUAAAACUAAACUAUUGGAGCGCUCCAUUCUGUUAGGUUGCAUUUUCGGUUUUGGGGUUUGUCUUGGGUUUGCCACAGCAGCUCGUCCAUGGACAUGCCUGUCCGUUCUUACCAACAGAUACUUUAUGUUGCUAUUCUGUCUUCUCGUUAAUGUUAGAGCUGUUCUUUUCGGUCU